UGCUUUCUGGUCUUUGCGUCGAAUCAACGUAGGAAUAGUUGAUGGUGGGGGUGUAGUUCAGUGUUUGAACCUCGUUGUCUGUUCUACUACUCUCAGAUUAGGAGAGUAUCAUCGGAGUGCUUGUACACGUAGAUGGCUUUCAUCAUGAUGAAGAAAAAGAAGUUUAAGUUUAAAGUAGAUUUCGAGUUGGACGAACUGUCCGCCGUUCCCAUUGUGAACGGUGUCCUUUUUUGUAAAGUCAGGCUUAUUGACGGUGGAUUUUCAGACGAAUCAUCUCGGGAGAUGGUUCAGGCCAACUGUGUACGGUGGAGGAAGAAGUUCUCCUUCCUGUGUAAGAUGAGUGCCAGCGCCAGCACAGGGGUGCUGGACCCAUGCGUGUUCAGAGUGUCCGUACGCAAGGAACUGAAGGGUGGAAAGACAUAUGCAAAGCUUGGGUUUGCUGACCUUAAUCUGGCUGAGUUUGCUGGCUCCGGAAACACCAUUCGCAGGUGUUUGCUGGAGGGCUAUGACACCAAGCACAUGCGGCAGGAUAAUUCUAUACUGAAGGUGAUCAUCAGUACGCAGCUGAUGUCAGGUGACCCGUGCUUUAAAACUCCCCCCUCCACAGCCAUGUAUGUGGGAAUGCAAGAGGGCGAAUGCCUGCUCAAGGACAGAAAGGGAGGAGAGACGUUCAAGCCAUUCGUAGACACACCGCUGAAGAGCGCCUCCGUUCCUGACGAGCUUGGCAUGUGUGGACAUUCCAGGACCUCCAGCUACGCCAGCCAGCAAUCUAAAGUGUCGGGGUACAGCACAGAUCACUCGCGCUCCUCCAGCAUGUCGGAGCUCACGCACCGGAGGAACACUUCAGUGGGCAGUGCCUCCACCGGAAUCGGCAGCAUACCUGAGCCCAGCGACGAACGGGAGCCCCGGGCAGGCCCCCAGCUCGGUAUCGGCACGCCCGUCAAGAGCACCUCAUCCAGCGAGCGCCUUAACAGGCAUCCCAUGAAACAGGAUUCCAUGGAGUCCCAACUAAAGCGGGUUGACGCCACCAGGGUGGACGCAGACGACAUUGUGGAAAAAAUACUGCAGAGCCAGGAUUUCAGCCAUGACUUUCUGGACUCCAGUGCUGAAGAGGAAGGUCUCCGCUUGUUUGUUGGCCCAGGAGGAAGCACUGCUUUUGGGAGCCAUCAUACCAGGGUUGGUGCUGGAGCGUAUGAGCAGGUUGUGAUAAAGCGGUAGCCCACCAGAAAAGCUACCUCCAACUCCCGUGCUGGGGAAGGUCUGAGUAAAGGCGAUGGUCGUGCCUUGUUUCUCUUUGCCGGUGCCCUACCUCAACCUACUUAGAAUGUCGGCAAACGUGAUGGCCUGAAAACUGAUGGAAAUGGCACCCCCUGCUGCCAAAACAUCCCAGUUGGACCUAAAACCUGAGUGCAAUCGGGAAGGGCGAACAGGAAUGGUCAGCCAGCUGGCAUCGUGGGACACACCUUAAACUGCGGUGUCAUGCUGCACACCGGUUUCAAAGAUUCCUACAAGGUCCGAAAUGCAUUUAUGAGGACCACAGCUUUGUAUAAUAUUUCCUAGAAAUGGGGGGGGGGGGUGAAUACUGUGUUCUAAUAAUCUCUGACUUGCUUUUUUAUAUAAAAUACUGAACAAGAAAUUUGAAAGUAGUGGUGGAAUCAUCUUGACAUUCAUAGGUUUUUGAUCCUGGUUUGGUCACCAAAACCGAAGCUCUAUCGUUCUGAUAAGGAACAAAAUCUACUUAGUGUCACGACUAGUAUCUUAAGGGGUCCAAACAACAAGUUGAAAUACUGUAAAAAUUGUAGGUCUUGUUAGGCUGAAAGCCUCAAAUGUUAAUGUAUUAAGGGAAUGUUAUGUCCCUUAAUUGAUGGGUAUAAACAGAGUUUGAAGUCAAAAUUACAGUAAAAGCAGAAGGGGGGGGGGAAAAAAAAGUGUUGUUACAUUGUGCGACGUGGCAACAUUGUGAUGUUGGAUUUUAGAGGAAGUAGAACCAGACUUGCAGACUGCUCAAGCCCAGUUGACUAUUGAGCUGAUGAUAUUUGCAUUUUUCUAAAAAAAAAUAAUAAUAAUAAUAAAAUCAUCCUGUCAUUAACAGUAAAAUGGGUGAUUAUGGGAUGUAGUCUCAAUGUUGGAGGUUAGUUCAAUAUAUAAUAUUAUUCUGUCCGUCAGAUACGUAUAUGGUGUUUUAAAAAGUGUCACAACAUUUUUAAAAACAUUUUGUGCUCAAGGUAGUUUAAAUGAGGUCAGAGCCCUUGUCAAUGCUGUAUGCCACUGUGCUAAUUCGUGUAUUGAGUUGCAGGCAUGUCUUCUACUGCCUACAAAUUGCUUAAUGGAGUGAAUGUAAUGCUUCCCCAUCAGGCCACAAAUGAUGACGAGAUGCAUUGCAAAGCAGAAGCCUCUAUCCCUUCGGCUUGGAGGAUGUCCAGUACAAAGAAUGAGCUCACCCAUUAAGUGCCAUUACUUUUGCACUAGGUUCCCCCAUAGAAAACCCUCAUUCUGAAGCCUUUUGGAAUGGAAAUGUUUAUAUAGGCUUAAAUCUUGUGAGAUUUAAACCUUCCUCUCAGCCAAUCCAGCACCUCUCAAUUUAGACCUGCUAUUGCGUUUGGUAAACUGACUGGUUCUUACUUUAUUCGUGCACAUUAAAAUUUCACCACUCCAGACUAUGUUUAUUUAUAAAAUCAUUACUUCUGUGUACAUUUCUCCAUCUUCCGUAACUUCCUAUCCCCUAUAGGGAUGUGAGCCUGGAGCGUAUCCCAGAGCGUAUCCCAGAGCGUAUCCCAGAGCGUAUCCCAGNGAGCGUAUCCCAGAGCGUAUCCCAGAGCGUAUCCCAGAGCGUAUCCCAGGCAGUGCAGGGAACAAGGCAUCCUGCAUCGGAUGCCAGCAGUUUGUAUACAAAGUGUUUACGCAACUGGCCCACUUUUUAUUCUAUUUGUGAAAUUACUUUUACCUUUAACAGAUUUUUAUUUUUGUAAUAACUGUCUGUAGUCCAUUUGUUAUAAUGGUUAGGGUGGUAAUCUUACAGUGUUAAUAGUUUGCCAUUUGUAUUAUAAGGCUUGUAUCAGUUUCAAAAUCGGAAAAAAAAUCUUCAUAUGAAUUUUCAUUGUAAUGCACAUAUCACACACUUGCAUAUGUACAACGUUGAGUCAAUUAAAAUCUUAAAGAAAA